UUGAUCAAAAUCCAUAAAACUCAACAAUGGAUUAUAGAAAACCUUCAUUUUCUUUCUUUUCUUUCUUCACAAUAAUCCUAUGCUCUAACAUCCCUCAGAUCUCAGCCGUUGAAUAUCCAAUCAAUGUCUGGCCCAAGCCCACAACUUUCUUUUGGCCCAAUCCACAAGCAAUCUUACUCGCCGGAAACUUCACGAUCUCCGCCCCCGAACACCGUUACCUAACCCCCGCUGUCGACCGUUACCUCCGCCAAGUACUGAUGGAGCACCACCUUCCCCUCGUCAACCCACCCCUAAACCUUAAGUCAGCUCCGCCUCUAACCGCCCUAGUUAUCACCGUCGCUGACGUCAACUCUCCGUUGACUCACGGAGUUAAUGAAUCCUACUCCCUUGCCGUCCCUUCCUCCGGUGAAAACGCGAUUCUAACGGCGCAAACUGAAUGGGGCGCAAUGCGAGGCCUAGAAACGUUUUCCCAGCUCGUUUACUCUAGCCCAUCGAGUGUGGCGUGCGGGUUGUACAUUUCCGACGUACCACUUUUUAUGCACCGGGGAAUCAUGCUCGACACGUCGAGAAAUUAUUAUGGGGUGAAGGAUUUGCUGAGGCUUGUAAAGGCCAUGUCUAUGAAUAAAUUGAAUGUUUUCCAUUGGCAUAUUACGGAUUCGCAUUCUUUCCCAGUAGUCUUGCCGUCGGAGCCGGAGCUAGCCCGGAAAGGAGCCUACGGUGAAAGUAUGAAGUACACAGCAGCGGAUGUGAGAAAUGUGGUGGAGUUUGGGAUGGAAUAUGGGGUUAGGGUGGUGCCGGAGAUUGACAUGCCUGCACAUACUGGAUCAUGGGCUGAAGCUUACCCUGAGAUUGUCACUUGUGCUAACAUGUUCUGGUGGCCUGCUGAAUCUGAUUGGCCCAACCGGCUCGCAGCCGAACCAGGAACCGGCCAACUGAAUCCUUUACAUCCUAAGACCUAUCAAGUAGUCAAGAAUGUUGUCCAUGAUGUUGCUACGAUGUUUCCAGAUGAGUUAUAUCAUGCAGGAGCCGAUGAAGUCGUUCCAAAUUGCUGGAAAGUCGACCCUUCGAUUCAAAAUUUCCUUUCGAAAAAUGGAACCCUCAGUCAGAUCCUUGAAAUAUUUGUUAAUACAACCUUACCGUACAUCACAUCCCUGAACCGUACAGUAGUAUUCUGGGAGGAUGUUCUGUUGGAUGCUGAAAUAAAGGUUUCCCCUUCUUUGCUUCCCCCAGAGAAUGUUAUCCUACAGACAUGGAACAAUGGACCGAACAACACAAAAAAGAUCGUCGACUCCGGUUACCGUGUUAUUGUCUCGUCCUCGGAUUUCUAUUACUUGGACUGUGGGCAUGGAGAUUUCGUUGGAAAUAACAGUAAAUAUAAUCAGCCACCUGGUACUCCUCAAGGCGACGGCGAUUCAUGGUGUGGACCGUUUAAAACAUGGCAAACUAUCUAUAACUAUGACAUAACAUAUGGACUAAAUGAGGCAGAAUCUAAGCUGGUGUUAGGAGGGGAGGUUGCUUUGUGGUCCGAGCAAGCUGAUUCGACCGUUAUGGAUCCACGAAUCUGGCCGAGAGCUUCGGCAAUGGCCGAAGCGUUAUGGUCAGGAAAUCGAGAUGAAACGGGAAAGAGCAGAUAUGCAGAGGCUACAGAUAGGUUGAAUGAGUGGAGAUAUAGAAGGGUAACAAGAGGAAUAUAUGCUGAACCAAUUCAGCCACUUUGGUGUGUGAAGAAUCCAGGCAUGUGUAACACGGUUCAUUAAUUUGUUUAGCUAAUUGCUUGUUUACUUGUCGAUUUGUUUUUCUUUACAUUAACAAGAGGUUUCAUUGUAGCUCUUCUGAUGUUCAUCUUUCAUAUUCUUGUCAAGCAUUGA